AUGGACGCGUUCAAGGAGGAGAUAGAAAUCGGGAGCUCUGUAGAGUCGUUAAUGGAGUUAUUGGAUUCGCAGAAGGAGCUUUUUCAUAGCCAGAUCGAUCAGCUACAAGAUGUUGUCGUUACGCAAUGUAAACUCACAGGGGUUAAUCCCCUCGCGCAAGAAAUGGCUGCUGGUGCUUUGUCUAUUAAGAUUGGAAAGCGGCCAAGAGACUUGUUGAAUCCAAAGGCUGUUAAGUAUCUGCAAGCAGUUUUUGCAAUUAAAGAUGCUAUUAGUAAGAAGGAAUCUCGGGAGAUAAGUGCUCUAUUUGGCAUUACAGUCGCCCAGGUUCGAGAGUUUUUUGUUACUCAAAAGACUAGAGUAAGAAAACAGGUGAGGCUUUCAAGGGAGAAGGUAAUUAUGUCCAAUACGCCUUUACUAGAUGAUGGUGUUCCAGAAAGUAACGGGAUCAAGGGAACUCAUGUUGAUCCGGUACCCUUGAACAUUGUGGAUGCGGAGGCAUCAUCUAUUAGUUGGGGUGAAGGUGAAACUGUGGCACUUCUGCCACAGGAAGAUAUUCCACCUGACAUCAGUGAUUCAGACAAGUACUUUGUUGAGAAUAUUUUUCCUUUGUUGCGGAAAGAAGAAACAUUCUCAGGCCAAGUGAAAUUAAUGGAGUGGAUCAUGCAAAUACAAGAUCCGUCUGUACUGAUCUGGCUUUUAUCGAAAGGAGGGGUUUUAAUACUUACAACAUGGUUGAGUCAAGCUGCUAUUGAAGAGCAAACUAGUGUAUUACUUCUUAUCCUGAAGGUUCUAUGUCAUUUGCCUCUCCACAAAGCAUCUCCUGAAAAUAUGUCAGCCAUAUUGCAAAGCGUCAAUGGACUUCGUUUCUAUAGGUCACCAGACAUAUCAAACAGGGCGAAAGGUUUGUUAUCAAGAUGGACCAAGUUAUUUGCGAAAAUUCAAGCUAUGAAGAAACAAAAUCGUAACAAUUCGCAAAUUGAUUCGCAGAGUCAAUUGCUUCUGAAACAGAGGCAAGUUGUGAAUUUUGUCUUGUUAUGCAGUAUUGCUGAAAUCAUGGGUGAUAGUCGCAAUCCAGAAAAUAUUCUUAGUCUCUCAAAUGGAAGGUCAGAGAAUGUCAGGAGGGUUGUAUCGUCACAGGGUCCAAAACUGUUGCUUACUUCUGCAGAUGAUUCCACCAAGAAACACAUGCUUGGUUCAACUCCUUCAUAUAACAAAGAACGCAGGAAAGUUCAGAUGGUGGAGCAACCAGGCCAAAAAGCUGCUGGAAGGAGUCCUCAGACAGUUAGAAUAGGAACUUCGAGUCGGAGCCGCCCUAUGUCUGCUGAUGAUAUUCAGAAAGCGAAGAUGCGUGCUCUUUAUAUGAGCAAGAAUAGUAGAAAGGAUGCCUUACCAAGUGCCAUUGGUGAUUCGAGAACCAUUGUUCCUGAGAAGCCCCUGGCUCUUCAGUCUGCGAAGGAUUCUCCACCUAGUCAGACCAAUGAAGCUAAGAUUGAAGACACACCUGAACCUUACACACCUGAACCUUCUUCUGUUCAGUCUGUCAGUUCACCGGCUGUAAAUGUGCCGGUACAAGCUGAGGAAUAUAGAAAACCUUCAACACCUCCACAAAGUGUUGCUAAGAAGGUUGGAGUUUUGUUGAAAAUGAGUCCACAAACCAUUCUAAAGAAUUGCAAGCGAAAACAGAUUAAUUGGCAUGUACCACCAGGAAUGGAACUUGACGAACUCUGGAGAGUAGCUGCUGGUGGUAAUAGCAAGGAGGCUGAUGUUCAGAGAAACAGAAACCGGCGAGAAAGAGAAACAACAUAUCAGUCUCUUCAAACUAUACCGUUGAAUCCUAAGGAACCAUGGGACAGGGAAAUGGACUAUGAUGACAGUUUGACCCCUGAAAUUCCAUCUCAACAGCCACCAGAAGAAAGUAUAACAGAACCACAGGAUUCUCUUGAUGAACGGCGAACCGCUGCGGGUGCUGCCACAACCUCUUCAUCUCAAAGUGGUUCCUCGGAACCUGAUCUCGAGUUAUUAGCCGCUUUACUUAAGAACCCGGAUCUUGUUUAUGCACUGACUUCUGGCAAGACCGGUAAUUUAGCCGGCCAAGAUAUGGUGAAACUGCUUGAUGUGAUUAAGACUGGUGCACCAAACUCAAAUAAGAAGGUUGAAGAAAAAGUAGAAGUUUCUCUUCCAUCUCCCACUCCAUCAACCAAUCCUGGAAUGGUGCGUUACUCAAAACCUAUGCACCCAAAAUUCCUCGGACUAUUGGGAACCCUAAUGAUAGAUCAUACUGCCAAAUUGGAUCAUUAUGAUAAUUAG